AAUUAGAUAAGUCGGUGGAAAUAAAUUUAAUAAAAUGAACAGAAUUUGCCAAACUUUGUUGCGUCAGAGCUACGCGCGUGCUCCGCUAACCAGCAACCAUGUAGCGGCCACAGUAACACGUUCCACCCGCUGGUACAGCGCCGAUGCUUCCCCACCGGCCUCUGCGGCCGAUGUUGUGGACAAAUCCACGCUCGAAAAACUGGUGCGCACCAACAAGGUGGUCAUCUUCAUGAAGGGAAAUCCCCAGGCUCCCCGCUGCGGCUUCAGCAACGCCGUAGUGCAGAUCAUGCGAAUGCAUGGCGUGCAGUACGACGCCCACGAUGUCCUUCAGAACGAGGCCCUGCGUCAAGGCGUCAAGGAGUUCACUGACUGGCCCACCAUCCCCCAGGUGUUCAUCGAUGGGGAGUUCGUUGGCGGCUGUGACAUCUUGAUGCAAUUGCAUCAAAGCGGCGAUCUGAUUGAGGAACUGAAGAAGGUCGGCAUUAUCUCCGAGCUGCUGAAGGCCGAGGAGGCCAAGCAGGAGCCCAAUACGGAGGAAAAGAAAAAGUAGUAGACGCCAGAUCAAAACCCUCUACACCUUCCCCACAAUCCUAAUUAUUAGCAAUUGUUUAUUAUUAAAUGUUUAACUGAUACAGAAA